CCGCCGCCGCCGCCCCCCGGGGACUCCGGCCAUGGCCACGAAGAAGGCGGGCUCGCGGCUGGAGACGGAGAUCGAGCGGUGCCGCUCCGAGUGCCAAUGGGAGCGGAUCCCCGAGCUCGUCAAGCAGCUGUCGGCCAAGCUCAUCGCCAACGAUGACAUGGCAGAACUUCUCCUUGGGGAGUCCAAACUAGAACAGUUUUUGAAGGAAAAUCCUUUUAAACAGGGCACUAGUCCCUGGGGUCCCCGGCCAAAGCUGACCGAGGUCAGGAAACAUCUCACUGCAGCACUUGACAGAGGAAACCUAAAGCCAGAAUUCUUACAAGAAGCCAACUUAAUUAUGGCCAAGUUAAACUAUGUGGAAGGUGAUUACAAAGAAGGUCUUAACACUUAUGCCAGGGUUGAAGUUGAUGACUUGCAUCUUGUUGCUGUGCCUCCUUAUAGGCUGAGGAUGAUAGCUGAAGCAUAUUCUACCAAAGGUCUUUGUCUAGAGAAGUUGCCAAUUUCCUCUUCAACUAGUAACCUCCACACGGACCGUGAACAAGAAAUCAUUACGUGCUACGAGAAAGCUGGAGAUAUUGCCCUCCUGUACCUUCAGGAGAUAGAAAGGGUAAUAAUUACCAAUAUACAAAACAGAAGCCCUAAACCGGGGUCUACAGUCCAUGAACAGGAACUGGGAUUUUUCCUAGAAACAGGACUACAAAGAGCACAUGUCUUGUAUUUCAAAAAUGGGAACUUGACAAGAGGAGUUGGUAGAUUUAGAGAGAUUCUAAGAGCUGUUGAAACAAGAACUACACAAAAUCUACGAAUGACAAUAGCCAGGCAGUUAGCUGAAAUUUUGUUACGAGGUAUGUGUGAACAGAGUUACUGGAAUCCACUGGAAGACCCUCCUCAUCAGUCACCUCUUGAUGAUCCACUUCGGAAAGGCUCAAAUACUAAAAAUUAUGCACUCAGCAGAAGACCCCGGGUGUACACUGGAGAAAACAUUUUUUGUCCUCAAGAAAACACAGAAGAAGCCCUAUUGUUGUUGCUGAUUAGUGAAUCUAUGGCUAACCGUGAUGCUGUACUGAGCAGAAUACCAGAGCACAAAAAUGAUCGCAUCAUCAGUUUGCAAAGUGCAUCUGUAGUCUACGAUUUGCUUACAAUUGCCUUAGGGAGAAGAGGUCAAUAUGAAAUGCUAUCAGAGUGUUUAGAAAGAGCAAUGAAGUUUGCAUUUGAAGAGUUCCAUCUUUGGUAUCAGUUUGCAUUGUCCCUAAUGGCAGCAGGAAAAUCUGCUCGAGCUGUGAAAGUCUUGAAGGAGUGUAUACGUUUGAAACCAGAUGAUGCUACUAUUCCACUUCUUGCUGCAAAGCUAUGCAUGGGAUCUCUUCACUGGUUGGAAGAAGCGGAAAGAUUUGCCAAAACGGUUGUUGAUGUUGGUGACAAAACAUCGGAGUUCAAAGCAAAAGGCUAUUUAGCAUUGGGACUAACUUACAGCCUGCAAGCCACUGAUGCAUCUUUGCGAGGGAUGCAAGAGGUCCUGCAGAGAAAGGCUCUUCUUGCAUUUCAGAGGGCCCACAGUUUGUCUCCAACAGAUCAUCUCGCAGCAUUUUAUCUGGCACUGCAGCUUGCCAUCUCUAGACAGAUACCAGAAGCUUUAGGUUAUGUUCGUCAGGCUCUUCAACUUCAAGGAGAUGAUGCCAACUCUUUGCAUCUCCUUGCACUCUUGCUGUCAGCCCAGAAACACUAUCAUGAUGCUUUGAAUAUAAUUGACAUGGCCUUGAGUGAAUAUCCAGAAAACUUCAUAUUAUUGUUUUCAAAAGCCAAACUGGAAUCCCUGUGCAGAGGCCCGGAUGAGGCACUCCUUACCUGCAAACAUAUGCUACAGAUUUGGAAGUCCUGUUACAAUCUCACUAACCCUAGUGAUUCUGGACGUGGGAGCAGUCUGUUAGACAGAGCCAUUGCUGACAGACGACAGCUCAAUACGAUUACCUUACCUGACUUCAGUGACCCUGAAACAGGUUCAGUCCAUGCAACGUCAAUAGCAGCCUCCAGAGUGGAGCAGGCACUGUCUGAGGUUGCUUCAUCUUUGCAGAGCAGUGCUCCUAAGCAAGGUCCUCUGCAUCCUUGGAUGACUCUGGCUCAAAUCUGGCUUCAUGCAGCUGAAGUCUAUAUAGGAAUUGGGAAGCCUGCCGAAGCCACAGCAUGUAUCCAGGAAGCAGCUAACCUCUUUCCAAUGUCACAUAACGUCCUCUACAUGAGAGGUCAAGUGGCUGAACUUAGAGGAAAUAUUGAUGAAGCCAAACGCUGGUAUGAAGAGGCCUUAUCUAUCAGUCCUACCCAUGUAAAAAGUAUGCAGAGACUGGCUCUGAUACUUCACCAAUUAGGACGCUAUAGUUUGGCUGAGAAGAUUCUCAGAGAUGCUGUCCAGGUGAAUUCUACAGCCCAUGAGGUUUGGAAUGGUCUUGGGGAGGUUCUACAAGCUCAGGGCAAUGACGAUGCAGCAACAGAGUGCUUCUUGACGGCAUUAGAGCUUGAAGCCAGCAGCCCAAUCGUCCCUUUUACCAUCAUUCCACGAAUUCUCUGAGAUAAUAUCUUGAUUACUGAGUUCAUCAUGUUUCAAGUUUUGGAUUUGAGGGUGAGGAAACACAACAUACAGGUCUCUUUGAUAACGCAGCGUGGUUUCAGAGGUAACAGAAAACCCCACAAAAUUUGUUAACUAUUGUGGGAAACCUGACAAAGCAUUGAAGUGAUACAAUAUUUUAAUGUUAGUGAGGAAAAAAUGACUAACCAAAAACAAAUCUCUCAUAGAUCACCUACAUUUUUUCCCCAUGGUAGUUAUGAAACCUGAUUAUAUUGUUCUAAUAGAUAAUGUGCCAUAUUUCAUUAGAUGACAUCUGAGUGUUAUGUAAAAAUUAUAAUGGAAUCCACCAUCAAGUGUAGAAUAAUAUAUUUGAAUUAAAAUUCAGUGGCAGAGCAGACUAUUUUUAUCAAGCCUGUCGUGAAAACUGUUCUCUCUCCUCCUCCGUCUCAACCCCUCUUGGCCUAAAGUCAAACUGUGAAUUUUCUGUUUUCCAUCUCUAUACUAGUCCAGGCCAGAAAAUCAGUUGAAGAGUUCUUGGUUUUGGUUGUUAAAAACUGUGAUGUGUGGCUAAUUGUUAUCUUUACUUAGAACAAAGGCUGAGUAUAAGAAUAUUUAUAUUUUACCAAUGUAUGCCUGCUACAAAAAAAGAAAAUAUUCGUUAUUUAAGUGUAACUUUUUUAUGUGAAUUCAGAGUUUAUUUAUCGAUGGAAAUAUGUAAAAAGAAGCUUCAAAUGGAAUAUUUACUGACAUUCCUUAUACAUUACUCACACUUGGAAGAUUAUGUUAAUAAUAAAAAGAUUUUUA